AUUUGCCAAAAAUUGGAUUUAUUGUAAAUUUCGACUUUUUAUAUAAAUUAUAAACAUUAUAAAUUUUUCUUUUCUACUGGUGUGAUCGUUAAUAUUACAACGUGUAAAGUUAAGAAGACGAAGAAAAGAAAAUAAGUAAAAUAUAAUAAACAACGAUACAAAACAACAUUUACAGUUUGAAUAAUUGUGCGCUUUGGGUGUUUUGUUGGUAAAAUAGUUGGAUCACUAAAAUUAAAUUUAUAAUAAUGCCACAAAAGACUAUUAUACAAUGUCCUGCUUGCAAGGCUAAUGUCACCAAAUCUGUAGGAAGUAUUGGUUGUGGAGUAUGUGGUUCAUACUUUCAUCCUAAAUGUUCAGGCAUACCAGAAAACACUUAUGCAGCAAUAAGGAAAAACCACUCCACAUUUGUUUGCAAAUCUUGUUCCAACACAGCUGAUCCGCAAAAUACUACUGGUAAUGAUGACCUUAUAAAACGCAUAGAGCAGAUACAAAAAUCUAUAGAAGAUAAACUAGAACAUAAUAAGUCUGAAAUUAAGUCUGAAAUUGAGUUGCAGAUGAACAAUGGAUUUGCUAAUUUGGAGGCGAAAAUGGAUGGUCUUAUUGAAAAUGUCCGUAGUGAGAUGAGAGGAGAAUUGAACAAAAUGAAGUCUGACGUUAAUAAUUGCUACUCUAUGGUUAAAGAGGUAGAUAAAUCAACCAAUGCUAAAAUAAAUGCCCUAGUCGCCAAAAACAACACCCUUGAAAGGCGUCUUAACAGAGCUGAUAUUCUCAUCAUUGGUCUACCAAAUAAAAUGGAUAGCAUUCGUAGUUAUGUUAUGAAAAUAGGCCAGUUGGUAGGAGUUGCAGUAACAAUGACCGAUAUAAAUCAUUGUUGCUAUUUAAAGAAACAAAAAUGCAUUCUUAUAAAAUUUAACUCCGUUUAUAUCAGAGAUUCUAUCAUGAAAAAAUAUUAUGAGUCUCAACCACUACUUUUGAAGGAUGUGAUGGAUAAUUGUGAUGUUGGUGGUGCUGAUAAGAAUGGGGUUGGUGAUCAAAAUGUUGGUGGUGACGUUGAAUCUAGGAUUUAUUUAAAAGACAACCUAUCUCCUGUUUCUAAAAGAUUAAAAUACAUCUGUCAAAAGUUACUACUGAAGAAGCAGAUAAGUAAAUUUUACUUAAAAAACAUGGAUAACCCAAAGGCGAAAAUUUUUAAAUCUGACGGAUCAUUUGAGUAUUUAGAUAUCCAGCAAUGUGCUGACUUACUUGAUGGUUGUCAACAAGGUGAAGCCAUGGAAGACAAUGGAAGUCAGAAUAAUCGCGGAAAGCAUCAAAAAAAGAAUUAAUCAUUUGUUGGAAAACUUAUUUCCAUAUAUUAAAUGGGUAAUCAGAGGACUUAAAUUUCUGCGAGGUAUAUAAAAUGGUGAAACAAUAGCGUAUUUAUGUAUUAAUAAAUAAAUAGAUAUUAAUAAAGUAAUUAAAAUAUAUAUGAUAAAAUGUUAAUAAAUAGUGUUUUGUUAUAAAAGGUAUAGCCGACAG